AUGGAGAACCUCAACUUAAUACCGAAAAAGGGUGCAACGUCUCCCGUUUGGGUACAUUUUGGGUUCAAGUGUGGAGAAGAUGGGAAAGUUAUCAACCCAGACAAGGCCACUUGUAGAAUUUGUGGACGUGAUUGUGCUGCGAAAGGGGGGAACACAUCAAACUUGAUGUCUCAUCUUAAAAGCAAACACCCAAAGCAGGCAAGUGAAUUACGGCAACCUAAACGGACACCAUCCACCGCCUCGACGUCGCAACAACCAACACUAGCCGAUGUUCAAGCUAGGGCAGCAAAAUAUAGUCACGAUGAUCGGAGGUGGAAAAAUUUGACAGACUGUGGGGCUAAGUAUCUAGCCAAAGGGAUGCUCCCCAUGUACACGGUGGACAAGCCAGCAUUUAGAGAAAUGCUACAAGCAUUUGACUCCCGAUAUACACUUCCCGGGAAAAAGUAUUUUACAGAGACUGCUCUCCCGGCUCUUUAUAACUCUGUUCGAACAAAAAUUCAGAAAGAGGUCGAGGAAGCAGAAUAUUUUUCUGCAACAACGGACCUGUGGUCGAGUACAACCAUGGCUCCUUACAUGAGUUGUACUAUCCACUUCAUCUCCAAGGAGUGGAAAUUGAUCUCCCGAUGUUUGGCAACAUCUUUUUUCCCAGAAAAUCAUACCGCGGACAAUAUAAAAGAUGCACUGAAGGAGACUUUUGCUGAAUGGAAUUUGGAUGAGUUCAAACUAGCGUGCAUGACAACUGACAAUGGCGCAAAUAUCGUGUCUUGCAUGGAAAAGUUGGAGUGGCCAUGGUUAAGUUGCUUUGGGCACAAUCUUAACCUUGCAGUAAACAAUUGUCUGAAAAAUAACACAGCCCGAACAAGUCAUGCAAUUGGGAUGUGCAAGAACAUUGUUGCUAGUUUCUCCCACAGCUGGAACAAACGACGGGAGCUUGCCAGAGCUCAAGCUGAACUUGAUCUUCCAAGGCAUUCGCUCAUAGUGGACUGUGUAACAAGAUGGGGAGCAAAACAUCAGAUGAUUCGUAGAAUGAUCGAGCAGGCUCCGGCGAUUCGUCGAGUAAUUGCACAAGACCCAAGGACAACACACAAUCUUAACUAUGGAGUCAUGUCUGUCCUGGAAGCAGUUGACAAAGCCCUAUCUCCCGUCGCUGCUUUUACUGACAUAUUGUCUGGAGAGGACUAUGUCACCUCAUCAUCCCUUCUACCAAUGCUUGAUCACCUUGAACAUGAUGCUCUAAAACAUGAAGAAGAUGAACCAGACCUUACAAUGGCCAUGAAAAGGGACAUGCUGACCAAGAUACUCCGUCAGUAUGAAAGGGAAAGCAUGCAAUGGAUGCUAGCUAAGUCAGCGUUUAUUGACCCGCGUUAUAAAAUGAAUCACAUUGAAGAUGAAGAGCGAGAUGAACUAAAACGCAAAGUUAUCGAUGAAAUAGUAACUCUCGUUUCUAAUGUAUCCGCCAAUGAUGAAACUGCACCAGGGGACAAUGACCAACCAAUGCCGCCCCCGCCUAAAAAAAUGUCCCUCGGAAAUCUUCUUGCUAAGAAAAGCACUGCGGCAACCCCUCGAUUAACUGUCCGACAGCAGGUAAACAAUGAAAUCGAUCGAUACCUCGCUGAAGAUACCGAAGAUGGAGACCAAGACCCCCUACUUUGGUGGAAACUCAAUGAAAGGCUGUUUCCAUCUUUGUCAAAAUUUGCCAAAAAAUAUCUUUGCAUUUGCGCAACAAGUUGCCCAUCCGAGCGUGUAUUUAGCACAGCAGGGAAUAUUGUGACACCCAAAAGGUCGCUGCUCAAACCAUCCAAAGUGAAUAUGCUUGUUUUUCUUGCAGAAAAUUUGUAA